CUCUCAUUCCUCAAAGACGGUGGUGGCGGCAAUGCUUUUGUGCCUGGUCCCGCACCUAGUGGCUCCGCUGGAGGUGGAGCAGUUGGAGGAAGUUUCCUAACUACAAAUUUUAUGGGUGUAGAGAAUUCAUCUCGUCCAUAGGCAUCUACAAGGCAAGAGGAAAAAGGCACGCAGAUGAAGAGGUCCUAGUACACUACGAAAACUGAAAAUAACCGAGUUACUGACUGAAAUUAUAAGGGAGGUAGCUCUGACAGGGCUACUCUUCCUUGUUCAGUAUCUCGCUUUCAUUUUCAGUAGUGUCAACUCGCUUAUUUCAGUUUUUCGAAUACACUACUUCUAAAAAUUCAAAUGGAGCAGGUGGGUUAGCUACUUUUAGUUGUGUUCCUGGCAGUUCCAGCGGCGUCCUUUCAGAGGAAGCUUCCCAACUAUCCUUGUCAGACAACGAGCAGCAAUGUACAACUUCUCCUGGUCGGAAUAACACGACAUCUGACGCCGGAGGGACUAAAAAGACUACUAGUAGAGCAGGAAGUAGAGCAGGAGGCUCUGGCGCGAC